AUGGCAAUGAUAGCCUGCGCAGUCCUACCCUUCAUCCACCUCACCCUCCAAUCCCCAGGAAUAAACAAUCUCGCAACCUGCAUCCUCCUCCCCUUCAUCGCAGCCUUGACAUCAGCCGCCUGCAGCGGCGUCGUCUGCCGCUUCAGCCAUGUCAGUCCGGAACUCCAAGUCCCCGCCAUAAUAGUGGCAUACCUCCAAGUCGGAGCGGGUCUCACACUCGCAACAGUUCUUGAUGCAAUUCUCGUCGUCCAAUAUCUGAAUUGUUCCCAACCAUUGCCAGAAACAGUAUAUCAAGACAUGAUCCUCUGCAGCCCAUUCGGUCAAAGCUCAUUCGCACUGCAAGCCCUAGGCCAAGCAGUGAACUCCGCCAGCGUUGCAACCUACGACCGAGAAAAGUUCCUAACACAUGCCGCCGGCGCGACUGGAUUCAUUAGCCUCUUCUUCGGAUUACUGGUCUGGGGAUAUGGAGUGUUCUGGUGGUGUUUUGCAAGCAUGCGUAUUGUCCAUACGCUUUGCGCGCAGCCUGGGGGUUGGAGGCAGACGCGUUUUAGUAUGGCGGCUUGGUCGUUGAUUUUUCCUUGGGGGGCUUUUACGAAUGCUGCUGUGGUGUUUGGCCGUUUUAUGCAGAUUCCGGCCUUUGGGGUGUUCUCGAUGGGUUUGUUGGUUUUGCUUGUGCUGAUGUGGAUUGUGAGUCAUGGGUUCAUGGUUUGGGGGCUGGUUACUGGCAGGAUUUUAGGGUUGGAGUGCGGAUGGAGGGUUUCUUAUCGGGGUUCUGAGAAGAUCAAGGAGGUUUAG